CCGAAAAAACAGAGGAAACGAUGCCUUUAAACCAGAAGAACGGCACAUCUCUCUCUCUCACUCUCUCUCUCUCUCUCUCUGCGAAGGGUAGACGUUGGGGGCCUGGGGUAGCCUCAUUACAACAACUCGGUUGGUCUCUCUCGCGCGCGCUCGGUAAAUGGCUGACUUUUCUCAUGAAGACAACAUUUCCCUCAUGCAAACACAAGGAACCCCAUGAAUUUCCUUCAAUCAUCCCAAGAUUGUGGGGUUUUCCCCCUAUUUUGUUCUUGUGUAAUUACCCAUCUACUGCUGCCCACCUCUUUUUGCACAGUUCUUCGUUUGAUGUUGCCCACUACCCAGAAUCUCUUCCAGCCAGACUUAAUGCCAAGGGAAUUCUGAAUCGGUUGCUUUCCCUAGCUACCAAUCAUAUUAACAAUCAGAUUAACCUGGCAUGGGGUUUCAAGCAAGACCUCGAUAAGCUCUGUGAAAGGUUAAGAAUUAUUCAAGGUUUGUUACAUGAUGCUGAGAACCAGAAAAUAACAUUAGAAGCUAUGAUGGCAUGGCUAAAGACUCUCAAGCCUGCAACCUGCAAAGCUGAGAAUGUGUUGGACAAGUUGGCCUAUGAAGCUCUUCGAAGAAAGGUACAAGACCGGAUCAGGAACCAGGUGCACGAUUUGUUCACCCUCUCUGAUCCAUUGUCGUUUCGUGUCAAGAUGGCUAAUAAGGUCAAUAACAUCAAUGUACUGUUAAACAGAAUUUGUAAAGUAGCAAAUGAUAUUGGUCUUAGACCAGCUAAGCAACUCAUACGUGCCAUUGUUGAACCUAUGGAAUUCAGGAACACUGGACCUUCCAUAGGUGAUACAACAGUUGUGGGGAGGGAUCACGAUGUUUUAGUUGUUCUAGACAUGUUGCUACGCUCUGACAUAGAAGGUGAGUUACUUGUCACUGCCGUUGUAGGAAUGGCUGGGUUUUGAAAGACAACUCUA